AUGAAUACCAUCAAGCCUGACCAAAUCAUAGAGCUGGAGCCCUCUCUUAUCAAAGUGCCUUACGAGCAACUUCGUAAAUCCUUCCGAUAUCAGCAUAAAUACAUUGAAAAAGAACUGACAUCUCUGCAUGAUAAGAUUGAGCGCUGUAUACAAGACACCUCUUUAUCACCCGAGAAAACAAGUGCAGUCAUUGAUGAUCUGUUGAAGCAAGUAGACAAGUUGACUCGCAAGUUGCAAAAAGCAAAAAGCGAGGAAUUGGCUCACGCUACACGCAUUGAAAAGAGGAUCCAAAACCUGAGGCAGAUUGAGAACGUUACCUCUCCCAGAGCACCUGAAUUUACAGCAUGGAACAAGACGAGAUUAGACAGAGUCAUUGUAGAUUAUUUGCUUCGCGAAGGCAUGACAAAAUCAGCUAAAAGAGUAGCAGAAGAGGGUGGCAUCGAGGACAUGGUCGACAUUCAUCUUUUUGCUCAAUCAGAGAAAAUCGAGCAGGCAUUAAGAAACCACAGUUGCAAGGAAUGCUUAUCUUGGUGCAGCGAAAAUAAGUCCAGCUUGAGAAAGAUGAAGAGUACAUUGGAGUUCAACUUGAGACUGCAGGAGCACAUUGAACUAGCAAGAUCAUCGAGAGGAUUGGACGCUAUUGCCUAUGCAAACAAGUAUUUGGCGCCUUGGAAGACGACCGAGGAGAGGCGCAUUGGACAGGCAAUGGGUUUACUGGCAUACAAAAGUGAUACUCAAUGUCAGCCCUACAAGGACAUGUAUGAUCCAAGUCGCUGGCAAGAACUGAUUGAGCAAUUCAGAUCAGACUUUUACGCUCUAUGUUCACUGACCUCUCAUCCUCUGUUAUCCAUCACUUUGCAAGCCGGUCUAUCAGCACUGAAAACACCACAAUGCUACGAGCAUGAAAAUCAAAACGUCAAUUGUCCCAUUUGUGAUAACCAAACACUAGGCAGCUUAGCAGAGAAGCUACCGUUGAGCCACCAUGUAAAUUCUACCAUUGUGUGUCGCAUCAGUGGCAAGAUUAUGAAUGAAGACAAUCCUCCCAUGUUGCUGCCUAAUGGAAGAGUGUAUAGCUUCAAUGCUUUGCAGGACAUGGCGGCAAAAAUGGAUGGCAAAAUUACUUGUCCCAGAACGGGAGAUGUGUACACAAUGGAUGCUCUCAAAAAAGUGUUUAUUUCGUAA